AUAACCUCCACACCAUCAUAUUCAAGACAUACAACGUUUGCAUUAAAGAAAUUUUUCAGAGGAAUUAAAAGCAUUCACAUAAAUCAAAACAAUGGCUUCUUGGUCUGCAGAAAAUGCCAUCAAAGCCUAUCUCAGCACUUUGAAAAUGGAUGAAAAGGCUAAAGAACCAUCUGUUGCCGAAUUUAUAUCAGCACUAGCAGCUGGAAACAAUGCACAAUUAAUGGUUGUUGCUUGUGCUGGUGCAGCUGAUUCAACAACACUUGCACUAAUUGCUGCUGCUAAUCAAACUAAUGGAAAUGUAAUAUGCGUUGUACCUAAUAAUCAAGAUCUAAUUGCAUCCAAGAAUUUCCUAGGAGCAGAUUCUAAUAAAGUGAAGUUCAUGAUUGGAAAAGGAGCAGAAGAAUUAGAUGUAUUAAGCACAGCUGAUUUUGUGGUAAUUGAUUGUAAUCUUGUGAACCAUGAAGAGAUUGUCAAAUUAGUACAAAUUGGUGAUGGUAAUAAGCAAAAGGGUGUAGUUAUCGUUGGUUGCAAUGCUUUUGGUUGUAAAGGGUCUUGGAGAACAUGUGGAUCCAAAACUCAAUUGCUUCCUAUUGGUGAAGGGUUGUUGGUGACAAGAUUUGGAGAAAACAAAGCUAUUAGUCAUAAAUAUGGAUCUGGAAUGAAUAAGAGUGUUCGAAGUCGUUGGAUUGUGAAGGUUGAUAAUUGUACUGGGGAAGAACAUGUUUUUAGAGUUAGACUUUCCCAAGGAGUGAUUUAGAAAAUUCGAUGGAAUCAGAAAUUUCCAUAGUUACAAGAUCUGAACUAUUGGAUAAAAACAUGACAUCUCGUGCUUCGACUUUGAUGAUUUAAAUCGAGUGUUCAAAGUAUUUUUUGGAACAGAAGUGGUUCAAUAUUGAUUCGAUACUUCAAAUCGAUAAUCGCGUUAAUGCAGAGAAAUCAAAUCUUGAAAGUAUCAGCCAUUACAAGAAAAUCUUGCAGCCAUAUUCUUUUAGUGAACCAGUACUCCAUCUAAUUUUUUGAGGAAAGAGAAUUAUAAAUUUUGGUUAUAUUGUAAGGCACCAAAGAGUUAGUCUUAUUUUAAAUGUACAAAGCAAACUAUAGAAAUAUAAGUUCUAAAUUCAGAGAGAUAAAAAUGCAAUUAUUAUAAAUUCUUGCUCAAACUAUAUUGUUCUUGUUUUCUUUGUAUGAAAAGUUCAUAGGCCCAAUAAAAAAUAUGGUACCUUGUUCCAACAAUGGUUAUGUGGUUUUGUCACAUCAAUUACAGAAACAACCUUGAUAUGAUGCUAGUUGAAUAAAUUAUUAGUGUACAAUAUGUUAAUCUCCUAUCAUUGCAGAUUGAAUAUAUUCAAGGAAAUUAUAAUUAGCAUCCAACAACAGCUGAUUGAUGUUUCUUGAUUGUUUAGUGAAUUACUGCCAAUACUAACAUGUGAUACUAUAAAGUGUUGUCUACAGAUAUUUUGUUUUUGGCUUUUUGCAACUUCCUGGUUGGCAUGAUGGAAAGACAUUACUGGGAGCCACACUGGUAUAAGAACUGGAUCACAAAAAAACAUUGAAAUAAAAUCUCGAAUUAAAACUUUAAAAGCCUUUUGAAGAGGAAGAGAUGAUAGAGCUUGGAAAAAAAAGAAGAAUUAAGUUGAAAAAAUCGAAAGA